UACUGCUCAGAAAAGUCUCCUUCCAGAGCAGCGAGCGCUAUCUUCACUCUCCUGAGAAACCUAGAUUGACAGAGCACCUAGAGGGCCUCGCCGGACGUUUUUCCGGUGGUUCGAUUCGGAUCCACAGGCGAAGAGAGAAGGAAGCAGAGGGAUGGGGAUAAUACGGAGCAGCUUCUCGUUCAUAGCCGGGACGGUGUGCGGAAUAUACAUAGCUCAGAACUACAACGUGCCCAACAUUCAGAAGCUCACCAACGAAGUCUUAUUCAAGGCCAAGCACGUCGAAGAACAGUACCGCAAGCCCAAGAAAGGCGACGACGAUACCUAACUCAAGUUUGUGGAAAUUAUUGACACAGGUUCCACUCCCCCAAUAUUUUGAUAUUGAUCCUUUCUAUGGUCUGUGGCGCUUGGUCAAAGUUUGUUGAGAUUAUAGAGAUAUUAGAAUGGGAGAAUGAAUCAAUUCUGAGAAAUUGAUGGUUGGAUGCUUUUGUUAUGAUCUCUGUGAUGUUUCUCUAAAU